GAUCGUAGCCUUUGCGUGCACCGUCCACUCCCUCACUCUGCAGAAAACCAAAACUCACAGAUCGAUCGAUCAUAUCCUCCGACUCUCUCUCUCUCUCUCACUAUGUUUACUCUCUCUGCGACGCCAUCCACGGCAUUCCUCACGCCUAGGAUUUCGCCGUCGUCUCUUUCCUCCUCGGCCUCCGCUGCUUACUCUCCGUCACUGUUGUCUUCUUCUCGGCUGUGCUUGGUCUCUCUGAGGUGGCGGAGCUCCGCCUGUCCUUGCUUGUUUUCCACCUUGAAGGUGACUGCCAUGGCGGAGCUGGUGAAGGACACUGAGUCGGCUUCUUUGUCGCCCAUUCAGUGUGCAGAGAGGAGGGAGACUAACCAUUCUCGCACCUUUCUCAAUGCGACCACUGAACAAGAGCUGCUGUCUGCAAUAAGGAAGGAAACAGAAGCUGGCAGGCUUCCCUCAACUGUUGCUUCAGGAAUGGAAGACUUAUAUCAGAAUUACAAAAAUGCUAUUCUUCAAAGCGGAAAUCCCAAGGCAGAUGAGAUUGUGUUGUCAAAUAUGACUGCUGUGUUGGAUCGUGUAUUCUUGGAUAUAGAGGACCCAUUUAUCUUCUCACCAUAUCACAAAGCAAUGCGAGAGCCUUUUGAUUACUACAUGUUUGGUCAAAACUAUAUUCGUCCUUUAGUUGAUUUCAGAAACUCAUAUGUUGGCAACCAUUCCAUUUUCUAUGAAAUUGAAGAGAAGCUUCAGCAGGGUCACAACAUCUUUUUGAUAUCAAACCACCAAACUGAAGCAGAUCCAGCUGUCAUUGCCUUGUUGCUUGAAUCAACAAACCCACAUCUCGCUGAGAAAAUGACCUACAUAGCAGGAGAUAGGGUUGUGACAGAUCCUCUUUGUAAGCCCUUCAGCAUGGGGAGGAAUCUGAUAUGUGUAUACUCCAAAAAGCACAUGAAUGAUGUUCCUGAGCUUGCUGAUAUGAAAAGGAAAGCAAACACACGGAGCUUGAAGGAAAUGGCAGUGCUAUUGAGGGGCGGGUCACAGAUUGUAUGGAUUGCACCUAGUGGUGGAAGGGACCGGCCAGAUCCUGCAACAGGAGAAUGGUACCCGGCACCUUUUGAUGCUGCUUCACUGGACAAUCUAAGAAGGCUUGGUGAACAUUCUGCUGCACCAGGGCAUAUAUAUCCCUUAGCAUUGUUGUGUCACAACAUCAUGCCCCCUCCACCGCAGGUAGAAAAAGAAAUUGGAGAAAGGAGAAUGAUCUCCUUCCAUGGUACUGGAUUAUCGGUUGCACCAGAAAUCACCUUCUCUGAUAUUACUGCUUCCUGUCAAAAUUCUGAAGAGGCUAGGGAGGUAUACUCACAAGCUCUGUAUGGUAUUGUUACGGAACAUUACAAUGUGCUGAAAGCUGCUAUACAUUACGAACAAGGACUAAACGCAUCCACUCCAAAUGUUUCUUUGUCACAACCAUGGAGUUAGUCCAUCUUUAAGCAGAUUGCCUUCCUACUUUGCUUUCAUAAUCAGAUUUGAUUGAAUCUCGCAGGUUAGGACUUUACCUUAAUUUUGCAACUCCUGACCAAAAGUUGACUGGUAUACCAACAAUCCACUAUGCCAACAAGAUCAAAUUGAAGCUGAUGACCGACCAGAGUGUAAGUUCACCACCAUCUGAAAUCGAUGGAUUCUUUUUGUGCAUAUGGUUUUUCGGCAAGAGCUGAAUUCUUCUUCAAAUGGAGCUGUCUCGCAAGGGUCAGUUUUAGGUGUAUACUGUGCAGAUGAAGCCAGUUGUUGACUAGCCAUGUAAAUCAAACCUCAAUUUCUUUCUAGUAGUAGAUGUUGAAUCAAUUUCUUUGUAGUACUUCUUCGACACCUGAGAAGUCUUACAUUUUAAAGGAGAAACCUUUCUAGCCAA